AUGCUGAAUAAUUCCACUUUCCCUAUCCACGUCAGCGCUGUCCCCUGGGGCGACAGCGAUCUGUCCAAGAUGAUUUGGAACUGGUCGACCAUCGUCAAACUCUGCAUCUUUAUGCUUACCAUUCUUCUCAACGGAAUCGUACUUUUCGCCUACGUGGUCAACCGCGAACUGCGCACCCCGUUCACCGUCUACGUGAUGAACUUGUUGACCAUCAACAUCCUCUUCGCCGGCCUGGACAUGCCCUUCGCCACCAUUUUCACCGCCCUGCCCAGCUGGUUCCCCGGAUGGCGGGUAUGUGCGGUGUACCAGUACAUGCUGUAUCCGUUAGCGGCUUGUCAAUUAUGGUCGCAAACCUUAGUGACCAUUAACCGCAUCUGGGCGGCGUUCCACCCCUUCUCCUACCGUUCCGUCCACAGUUUCCGUAUCGCUCUGACGACGUGCGCGACAGUGUGGCUGAUUACCCAUAUAGUUGGUCUCCCGUAUGUUGUUCUGGAUGUCGUCUGGCAUCGCACACCGGCGCCGUAUCACUGCGCGCUGAACGAGGCCGCCCAGCCGGUGACCGCUCGGGCGUUCGAGCUGGUCAUGAUCGAUUUAACCGUGGUGAUCAUUUGGGCAGCGUAUCCGCUGCUGUUUUGGAAGCUGUGGCAGCGAUUGCGGAAGAAAGCUAAGAUCGCCAUACCCAGUACGCGGAUGGUCAAUGUCACCGUGCGGACGGACGGGAGUGACCCGAAUAAUUUUGGUGAUGGCGUGUACGCGCAGCGCCGCAUGAGUCGGCGGAAAGAGACAUCCAAAUCCAUCUCCAUGUUGUCCAUGUUGACCGUCAGUACGUCGGUGUGUUACACACCGUUUCAUGCGUUUUUCUUUGCACUGGCAUGGACAGCUAUCCAGCCGUCGUUUCUAUGGUUUAAUGUGGCUUCCAUGCUUUACAUAAUUCAGCCGCUGCUCGAUCCGGUAUUUUUCAUCAUUGGAUUGGAUAAUUUGCGGGUUAGUCUGACCCAGAUGUUUGUACGACGACGAAAGUGA